CGGGGAGAGUGCCGGGCCGGCAGGGCCGGGGGUGCCGCGACGGCAACUUUGGCGGGGCGGGCGGACAGCGGCGGCACCAGGGGCACCAUCAUGUCCGGCAACGGGCUCACUUACAGCGAGCAGGGCGGAGAGGCGGCGCCCGAGCUGGCGCAGGAGGCCGCUCCCACCGUGACCCCCUCGGCUCCCACGGCCUUCGGGCUCUUCAGCAGCGACACCAAGAAAAAUGAAGACCUAAAACAAAUGUUAGAAAGCAGUAAAGAUUCUGCAAAGCUGGAUGCUAUGAAAAGGAUUGUUGAGAUGAUUGCAAAGGGAAAAAAUGCUUCUGAACUGUUUCCUGCUGUUGUGAAGAAUGUUGCCAGUAAAAAUAUUGAGAUAAAAAAGCUUGUGUAUGUUUAUCUGAUGCGCUACGCAGAGGAGCAGCAAGAUCUAGCAUUAUUGUCCAUCAGUACUUUCCAGCGUGCUUUGAAAGAUCCUAAUCAGUUAAUCCGUGCAAGUGCUUUAAGAGUUUUAUCCAGUAUACGUGUCCCAAUCAUUGUUCCUAUUAUGAUGCUUGCUAUUAAGGAAGCCUCUUCUGAUUUAUCUCCUUAUGUGAGAAAGAAUGCAGCCCAUGCAAUCCAAAAACUGUACAGUCUUGAUCCAGAGCAAAAGGAAAUGUUGAUUGAAGUGAUAGAAAAGCUUUUGAAGGAUAGAAGUACGCUGGUAGCUGGGAGUGUGGUGAUGGCAUUUGAGGAAGUGUGUCCAGAUAGAAUAGAUCUGAUUCACAAGAACUACCGAAAGCUCUGUAACUUGCUAGUUGAUGUGGAAGAGUGGGGUCAAGUUGUUAUAAUCCACAUGCUAACUCGGUAUGCACGUACUCAGUUUUUAAGUCCAUGGAAGGUUGAUGAAGUGGUGGAUGAAUAUAGUGAAAAUAAUUUCUAUGAAUCUGAUGAAGAACAGAAAGAAAAGGAUCAGAAAUUGAAAACUGUCUAUACUAUGGACCCGGAUCACAGGCUGCUUUUACGAAAUACAAAGCCUCUGCUUCAAAGCCGAAAUGCUGCUGUGGUAAUGGCAGUUGCACAGCUUUACUGGCAUUUGGCACCAAAAUCUGAAGCUGGUAUUGUUUCUAAGUCACUGGUGCGUUUACUCCGCAGUAAUAGAGAGGUGCAGUAUAUUGUUCUGCAAAAUAUUGCCACUAUGUCAAUUCAGAGAAAGGGUAUGUUUGAACCUUAUUUGAAGAGUUUCUAUGUUAGAUCAACUGAUCCAACUAUGAUCAAAACACUCAAGCUUGAAAUCAUGACAAAUUUAGCAAAUGAAGCCAACAUAUCAACUCUGCUUCGAGAAUUUCAGACUUACGUGAAAAGCCAAGACAAGCAGUUUGCUGCAGCUACGAUUCAAGCUAUAGGCAGAUGCGCAACUAAUAUCACCGAAGUGACUGACACAUGCCUUAAUGGCCUCGUCUGUUUGCUGUCCAACAGGGAUGAAAUCGUAGUUGCUGAAAGUGUUGUUGUCAUUAAGAAACUACUGCAAACCCAGCCAGCACACCAUGGUGAAAUUAUUAAGCAUAUGGCCAAGCUCUUGGAUAACAUUAUGGUUCCAGUAGCCAGAGCCAGCAUCCUUUGGCUCAUUGGCGAGUACUGUGAACGGGUUCCAAAGAUCGCACCUGAUGUUCUGAGGAAGACAGCCAAGAGCUUCACGAAUGAAGAUGACCUUGUAAAAUUGCAGAUCUUAAAUUUGGGUGCAAAACUCUACUUAACAAAUUCAAAGCAGACAAAAUUGCUUACCCAGUAUGUAUUAAAUCUCAGCAAGUAUGAUCAAAGCUACGACAUCAGAGACCGUACGAGAUUUAUAAGGCAGCUUAUUGUUCCGAAUGAGAAGAGUGGAGCUUUAAGCAAAUAUGCCAAAAAAAUAUUUCUGGCACAGAAACCUGCCCCAUUGCUUGAGUCUCCUUUUAAAGAUCGGGAUCAUUUCCAGCUUGGCACCUUGUCUCACACAUUGAACAGCCGAGCCACUGGGUACCUGGAGCUAUCCGACUGGCCAGAGGUGGCACCUGACCCCUCUGUCCGAAAUGUCGACGUGGCUGAGUCGGCAAAGGAAUGGACUGGAAUUCUAGGCAAGCCAAAGAAUGAGAAACCUACUGAAAAGUUCUAUUCUGAAUCAGAAGAGGAGGAAGAUGAGUCUGCCAGUACCAGUUCAUCAGGGAGUGGGUCUGACAGUGAAAGUGAGAAGGAAGAUAAAGAGGAAGGCAGCACUGAUGAGAGUAGUGGGAGUUCCUCUCCCAGUGAAGAAUCAUCUGACAGUGAAUCAGACAGCAAAGAAACUGCUGCUAAGAAAACAUGUAGAGCUGUCAAUGAAAGUGAUUCACAGGAUAUUAAAAAGAAAACAGAGAGGAUUUCCAUAAAGAGAAGCACGUCCAGUUCCUCUGAUACAGAGUGCACUUCAUCAGAUGAAUGUUCUUCAGGAUCCAAGUCAGAAUCUGAUUCUAAAAGUGACUCUGAGUCUGGAAAAUCUAGAAAUGCUACCUCUAAUAAGGAUAUAUGAGGACUACUAGCAUAAAGAAGCUUUUUGUAUUUUAAAACAACAGAAUGUGUGAAGUCAAAUACACUGAAUAUGAGAACUGGAAUGUCCAAGAAGCUUGAGAUUGAAUUGUUGAAGUCAAGGGAAAGUUGUCAAGGCCUUGGAUUUUAAGAGAAGAGAAAGAACAUUGGAGUAGUUCUGAAGUCUUACUUGAUUAAGAAGCACCUAAAAGGAAAUGUGUUAGGAGGAAGAAGUAUUUUUAAACAGGUGACAGAAGAGUUGAUGAGAGUAGAGUCAAAGGAUAGAAGGGAAAAAUUGCAAAGCUUUUAAGCAUCACAAAAGACAUUAAAACAAAUAGCAAUGUGUUUAUAUGCGCGGCAGCAAGAAAAGUAGCAAGGAGAUUAUUGAAAAGUGUAGAGCUCACUGUGCAGAAGCUAAAUGUUCCUUAAAUUCUUUUUCAUUUAGAAUUAGCACUUUUAAUAUAAGGGCAACAAACUUGGCUGAUGAACUGUAAACAAUGGUCGUAUGUAAAGGGGCAGGGGCCAGUUAAUUUAAUGUCCUCCAACAAAGAGGACUGUUUCAGUAUAUGAUAUUAAUCCCUGGAACCUUGAAGUUAGCUUCCACUUAAACCAUGUUUGAUGCCUGCAUUCAAUGUUUCUAGUAUUUGUUUAUUUUUAGACAUGUAAUUAGAUAAGUGGGUGGGGGAAAAGAAAGACAGGUAUUUUUUAUUAAAGGUGAUUGCUAUGCUAACUAGCUUAAUAGGUUUUUUUGAGAGAAACCUGUUUUGAGCCCUAUAAUGAUAGAUGAAGGUAACUGAUGGUAACCUAGGUAACAUCUUCCAAGCUGGAAAGAAAAAAACAAUUUUUAACAAACUUUAAAGAUUAUUGUUUAAAUCUUAUAUAUAGAUCCCUUAUGUGUCAAGAUACAUUUUAAAUGAAUGACACUUUUUUUUUUCUGCUCCCUUCCUGACUUAUUUUCAGACCACCCAGGAAACAGAUGGUUUCUGCCAGGCUCUCAGAAAUGCGUGCUUUAUUCUGAUAGUUUGUCAUUAGUAAAGACAUUGCUUAUGUUAUUCUGCUAUAGUGUAUUCUUAAUUUGGGCAGUCCAUAUGGGGAGAUUAUUCAUUAGGAUUUCCUUUUCAGUAAAACUGAAAAUAUUUUCUGAAAUACAUAAUAAUAAAAGAAGUUGUGGUUAGUGAGCUCUGUUUUUAUGGUUUCUCAGUUUGCCACAUGUUGUGAACUAUGUUACAUUGCAGAUGUUUUGGGUGAUGUUUGCCAUUCCUGAUAUAUUCUGUUGGGUGUCAUUUCCAUGUUCUGCAAAAUUUUCUUAAUAAAAAAGGUUCUAGUACAUUCACACUGGAGCUUAAUUUCUACAUACAUCCAUGCACUUACUGGCAUUAAAAUACACUACAAAAAAUUCAGAUUAUUUUCCUGAAUAUGUUAUUAAUGGUUUAGUAUUUUUUGCUCCUGACAUAUAAUUUUGAAAAAGCUGUUGUGUUCACUGUAAUUGAGCUGCAGUGAAUAGAAAAGUCUGUCUCUUGUACUGCAGUCUUGUAUAUAAUUUUGAAAUAUGGAUAAUUUGAGGUGUUCAGAUACAUACUAUACUGUAAGCAUAAAUACUGUAGAGCUAAAAUGCAGAUUUGAGGAUGAUGCAUGUAUAAGUAGGUGUCUCUACAGUGGGAUUUUAAAAUCAGCUACUGUUGACCUCCUUCUACAAGUAUAAUACAGUCACUCAGCUGUUAAAAACCUGAUCCACUAUUUAAAAAAUAUACAAAAACAAAUUGUCUAUCUUUCUGCCUGAUCUCCUUUCAAGUGCUAACACAAUGGAAACAGUG